UCAAAGGGCAAAGUGUCUCUCUUACUCUCACCUUCACAAUCAAUGGUUUCUCUUAUUUCCCCCAUCGUUCCGGUCAUCGACUUCAACAACAAGGACUUGAAACAAGGGACAAGCGCAUGGGCUUCGGCGAUGAAACAAGCGUGCCAUGGCCUUCAAGAGUUCGGUUGCUUCGUAGCUCUGUACGACGAAGUUCCUCCGGAGCUCGACGAAGCAAUCUUCCAGGCCGCCGACGAGUUGUUCGACCUCCCCACAGAGAUCAAGAGCCAGAACGUCAGCAACAAGCCUUACCAUGGCUAUGUCGGCCAAGUCUCCAUCAUUCCCCUCCACGAAGGCUUGGGAAUCGACAAUGUCACAGAUCCGGAAGAAGUCGGCAAGUUCACCAAGCUCAUGUGGCCCAACGGGAACGACCACUUCCGCGAGGUCGCGUACUCUUAUUCCAUGAAAGUGGCGGAGCUAGAUCAUAUGGUGGUGAGGAUGAUCUUUGAGAAUUACGGCGUGGAGAAACACUACGACACUCACGUCGCUUCCACCAGCUAUCUCCUUCGGUUCUUGAAGUAUAGGGCGCCGGAGACUAGCAACCAGGGCGACAACGCCAUACCCCGCCAUACCGACAAGACCUUCUUGUCCAUACUUCACCAGAACCGCAUCAACGGCCUGGAAAUCAAGACCAAGGAAGGCGAGUGGGUCAGGUUCGACCUCCCUCCUAACGCUUUUGUAGUCAUGGCGGGCGAUGCGAGCAUGGGAUGGAGCAAUGACAGGAUCCGUUCGUGUGAUCAUCGAGUGGCCACGAAGGCAAGCACCACCCGGUACACGCUGGGCUUAUUCUCGUUCCUCAGCGGCAUCAUUCAAGUGCCUCCGGAGCUCGUCGACGAGAACCACCCUCUCAAGUACAAGCCGUUCGACAACGUGGCAAUGAUCCAUUUCUACGCCUCUGACGAGGGUCGCAAGCACGAGUACACGGUCAAGGCUUAUUGCGGGAUCGAAACCCCGGUCGUCUGAUUAAUCACAUGUUCAAUAAGCCUCUGUUAUCUAUGUAAUUGUGUGGCAGCGUGAACAUGGCGCUGUGUCGUGUGUUGUUUUGCAAUGUUGCUUCAAAUGGUGUGUCCUUUCUUUUUUUCAUCAGUGGAAUAAUCAUGUUAUGAGGACUCUCGCAAGUGUGUUAUGCCAGAAUAUUGGCUUCUUUUGCUUUUGUAAUGAAAUCUAAUUUAUCCUA